GAGAGACAGAGAGAGAGAGAGAAACUAACCCUGCCCACUUCCACAAAACCAUUCAACUGCACAGUGAGCACUGCGAGACCUCUCCAGAGCUCUGCACAUCCCUGGGGCACCUCUGCUGCUGACUGCCCUUCUCAUACAAACUUUCCAAGGAACAGACAAGAGACCUGCUCUUCUCCAGCACAGCAAGACCAGACCAGCAGACCUUCCCUUCACACAACUGUUUCUCACAACUUUUCCUUUAAAAAGGGAUUACACUUCUUAACUUCUUGAUUAGUUUAGCUUCUACUUUUUUUGGCUACACGCUUUCACACCCGCAUCUAAAUAUUUGUACUCAGCCGCAAAUAUAUAUUUGUCAGUGUCUUCUGAGGGGUGGGAGAACUUGUGUUUUUGAGUGUGUGAGUGUGUGCACGUGUGUGCGAGUUCCUCUUGCUGUCAGUUUCCGCUACUCGCUGUCUCCAGCGCAGCCCUUGUACGGGAUGUCUCCUCUGCCCCUGCUGAGUGGAUUUUUGUUGCUCUGCUUUGGGAUUUCGGCCGGGGGCUGCACUCCAGCCCCUACGGGCCCUCCGCAGGCGGUCGGGGGAAGCGAGCAGGCGCAGCCUCCCCCCUCGGCGACAGACUGUCCGUCAUGCGCGUUGGCCCAGCUGCAGAAGGACUCGCCUGCCGCAGAAAGUCAAACGGACAUGGUGGAGGCGGUGAAGAGGCACAUCCUCAACAUGCUCCACCUUCAGGAGCGGCCCAACAUCACCCACCCGGUGCCCCGCGCCGCCCUCCUCAACGCCAUCAAGAAGCUGCACGUGGGCCGAGUGGGCGAGGACGGCAGCGUGGAGAUCGAGGACGAGGGCCAGAGCCGAGCCGAGCUGAACGAGCUCGCCGAGCAAACCUCCGAGAUCAUCACCUUCGCUGAGGCAGGAGACACACCGGAUGCUGUGAAUUUCCAGAUCUCCAGGGAAGGCAAUGACCUGUCCCUGGUGGAACAGGCAAAUGUGUGGCUGUUCCUCAAGCUGGCUAAGACAAAUCGCAGCCGGGCCAAAGUCACCAUCCGCCUGCUGCAGCAACGGCAGGGCCCGGACGGGCAGGUCCAGGAGGUGUCCGUGUCCGAGAAGGCGGUGGACACGCGGCGCAGCGGCUGGCACACGCUGCCCGUGUCCCGGAGCGUGCAGGAGCUGCUGGAGCGCGGCGGCAGCCUGCUGAGCCUCCGGGUGUCCUGCGUCCAGUGCGCCGACGGCGGGGCCUUGCCCAUCCUGGCACAGGCGGCGGAGCGGCUGCCGCAGCCGCAGUCUCAGUCGCACCGGCCCUUCCUCAUGGUGGUGGUGCGGCAGACGGGGGAGCACCCGCACCAGCGGCGCAAGCGCGGCCUGGAAUGCGACGGCAAGAUCCGCAUCUGCUGCAAGAAGCAGUUUCACGUCAACUUCAAGGACAUCGGCUGGAGCGACUGGAUCAUAGCGCCGCCAGGGUACCACGCCAACUACUGCGAGGGCGACUGCCCGAGCCACGUGGCCAGCAUCACGGGCUCCUCCCUUUCCUUCCACUCCACCGUCAUCAACCAUUACCGCAUGCGGGGCUACACCCCCUUCACAAACAUCAAGUCCUGCUGCGUGCCCACGCGGCUGCGGGCCAUGUCCAUGCUCUACUACAACGAGGAGCACAAGAUCGUCAAAAAGGACAUCCAGAACAUGGUGGUGGAGGAAUGCGGGUGCUCGUAAGGUGCUCGGCGCGGGGGGCAAUCGCCCUGAGAACCAGUACAUUUUAAACAAUGAAGAAAACAAAGGAGAAGGAGGGAGAACGAGAGAGGAAUUUCGCAAUCCCCGUCCCUUGAAAGAGACUCGCUACGGUUUUUUUUUUUUUUUUCUGUUCGUCUUGUUUUCGGGGACUGAAUGACGUGACGCAGAUUUGUUUUCAGUCAUUAGCAAAUCCAGUGGGUGUAUGUAACUCUGAGCAGUCUCUGUGGCACUUUCAGAAAAAAAAAAAAAAAUGAAUAUAUAAUAUAUUUUUGUUACAAAAAUUGAGGGAGCAAGAAGGAGAGAAAAUAUUUAUGUGGCCGAGGUGCAGUGGUGUUCCUCCUUCUCGGCACUGCAAUAAAGAGAUACCGUGUGGAUGAGGUGCCUGACAAAUCUCAAAACUAUGCAACGUGUCAAGUAUUAUGGUUUUAAGUUUUUUCUUCAUUUGUUUUGUUUCUCAUUUGUUUUUGAACUGUUUACCUAUUCAAACAAAAAAGAGUAAAACCUUUUGAUACUUUUUUUAAAAAGUAUAUUUCAUGUUUUUAUUGUUGAGAGAUACUUGAAAGAAACAAGUUUGACCAGCUGCUGGAGCCAAACACUUCUCUUUAUAAUUAUUUUAAUUAUUGUUAUUAUUUUUUAUUAUUAUUGUUAUUAUUAUUAUUGUUGAUAUUGUUUUUUUUUUGGUUUUUUUGAAGUAACGUUUUGAACGUUUACAAUUUGCACUAUACCAACAUUCUAAUCAGCCUAGUCACAAUUAAAAACAGGUAUCGGAAGAAAGGGGAGCUGCACUUAAGGAAGGACAACGUUUUUGAGCACAUUAGAGAAAAUUAAGAAAAAAAAGGAAAGUGAAGAUAAAUAUUAAUUUGAGUACACAUAUACACAUAUGUCUACAUAUAUUCUUUUAUUUUAAACAACACCAAAGAGUUUGUGUGAGUGUUUGCCAAUUUUCAGUGGAAGGUUGUUUCAGUAAAGAACUUUUUUUUUCUUCACAAAGAUGUUGGGCUCAGUGAAGUUAUCGACACCACAUUUUCCUCAUUACCACAAAGAAAUCACUCACAUUCCAUUCCCUUUCAGAUCCAAGUGCAUUGUUGUACUGGUAUACUUUUUGAACAGCUCGUCGUUAUAAAAGCACUUAUGUCCAACAUUGUAGUGGUGUAUUAAAAUGAAUGUGCAUACUUAAAAAAAACUUUUUAAAUGUUUUGAAAUACCCCAUAUUGCCCUUUUAUCAGCAAACAAGGAAUUUCUUUCUGUGUUAUCACUGAGUACUGGAGCCACCUAUCCUGCCCUAAGGCACACUUCUGCAUUCAUUUCUUAUUGUUGUAAAGACUUGUGUUUUCUGCUUCCUGCAUUCAACACUGUACCACUGUGCAAUGUCUAAUAUUAAGCAAUUUUAAUAUUUUCCAUACAAAGUUUGCUUUGCAGUAUGGACUGAAAGAAAUUCAGAAAUUACCAAGAUGUUCAUUAAUAUGGAUAUGUAUAAAAAUCAAGGAAAAUGGGAAAAAAAGACAAAAAAAAAAAGAAGAAAAACACUCAAAAAAGGAAAAAAAUGUGGUUGUAUGUGUUUUCUUUACUCAAGACAAAAGAAAUGACACUGAAGAAAGUGUUUGGACUAAGACUUAAAUCUUUAAAAAAGACUAUUUUUUAUUCUGUAUAUAUGGAGAUCCAGAUACCAUUAUGUCGCAUUGCUUUGUUGUACAAAUCAAAAAAAAUGUGCUUGUGGCUAUGUUUUCUAUCUAAUUUAUUUUACAGUAUUUUUUGCUUCACCAUUAAAGCUAAAGGGUUGUACACUA